CUGUUAGCAGCAGUCGCAGGACGCACUCGUGCCUGUUAUUGAGACGUACCAUUCACGGACCAAUUCUCAAAACAAGUCCGACUGAAUCGGAUUACGGAUAACGUACUGAAGCAGUCAACUGCCUGCGCUGUUUUUAUUACAAGUUAAUAGUAAUUAAGGUAAAAUACUGUUGAUUACCCCUAUAAGGUAUCUUAAUUCUUUUCAAUGGCGUCUAGAUCUCCGUCCUCCUCCCCUGACUCUGCGACGGGCUCCGGUACUGAUCCAGCCCGGCCUGACACCGGAGAGCCGCUCGGUGGAGGAUCCGAUUCGGAUUCAGAUUUCGGAUUAGAGAAAUUUGAUUGUGGUGCUGGGGAUACAGCGCUUCGAUUAGAAGGAGCCGAUCUAGAGAAUGAAUUUGAGGCGGCAGCGGAGCGGGUCAGAGAUCUCGUCCAGACAGCCAGUAGAGAGCAGCUGCUGUAUCUGUACGCCAGGUUCAAACAGGUCAAAGUUGGAAAGUGCAAUACACCAAAACCUGGUUUCUUUGAUUUCGAGGGUCAGAGAAAAUGGUCAGCAUGGAAACAGCUGGCGGACAUGAGUGUGGAGCAGGCCAUGCAGGAGUAUGUGUCCUGUGUACGUGCCCUGGAUCCAGAAGGCAGCCAGAAGUCAUCAGAGCGAAGAGGAGGAGAGAAGCGAACUGGAUUCGGCGGGCCAGCGGUUAGCUCUCUAUACCAAGAGGAAAAGAUAAGGGAAGAGGACAAAAAUAUUUUUGACUAUUGCCGAGAGAACAACAUCGAGCAUGUCAGCAAGGCCAUCAGCUCCAAGAAAGUGGACGUGAAUACAAGGGAUGAAGAGGGCCGGGCUCUCCUGCACUGGGCGUGCGACAGGGGCCACAAAGACCUGGUGUCUCUACUCUUGCAGAACAACGCUGAUAUCAAUAGCCAGAUUUUUUAUUUUCAUGUUCAGUAUUAUUUUAAAUAGGACAAGGACAAGCAAGACUAAGAUAAGUAAUAAACUACAUUCCCAAAUAUUGCAAUAUUGCAAAUAUUGUCUUUAAUAAAGUCUGAUGAUGCAAAUGGAAAUUUGUGGCCCUUCGCAUUUUAUGUGGUUUAAAUGUUCGCUCUAUGCUUGGUGUUUAUAAUAAAUGUUAUUUCUACAGAAUGACACUUAAUAUAUGUAAUUUUACACUAAUAAACUAAUUUAUACUUGAUUUUCAAAAUUCUUUUCUAUUCUGAAUACUGUUAAAUUUCUGGAGUAACAAGAACUAAAAUACAAGUUUGUAGUGUUUAUAAUGUUUGUAAACUACUUCAACAAUGCGAUUUUUGGCCUAAUGCGACUUAUUUUCUGAAAUAUGUUAAAAUGCUUCAAUUAACUCAAUACUGAAAAGUAACAUGUUGAAUUCAGCAUUAAAAUGCUCUAUUUUAUUUAAUAAUUCAGUAUUUUUUUUACUUGUUUGAGUGUUACACUGUAAGCUUUUCAACAUGAUAGCAAGUCUAUGGUCAAAUGCCUAUUAAAACACUAUGCAUGACCUGUAGAGUAAAUCCUCUGAGCAAGAGUCUGUACAGUGGGCUAAUGAUAUUGUCUAUGGAGGAUAAUGCAGGCUGAUGUUGUGUCAGAGGGGCAAACGUGCGACGUGUCAUAAAAACUCUCUCUGUAGUUCUCAUUGGGUUCUUAUGAUCUCCACCAACCACCCAGCCAAAACAAUAAUGCCGUUCGUCAUCAUUAUUAGGGUGAGAAGGCACAUUGAAAUAGCAAUUAAAAUAUAAUUUAGCCCGACGACACGUGUCAUCCGCAGAACUUCCCGACCCCUUGAGUGUUGCAUUCCACUGGAUUUAUAUCCACACACGCAGGAUCCUUAAUCCUUGCCCUAAAUAUGGCUUUCUCUGCAUCGCACCUCUGAUACCACAAGCUGUGGCAAUUUGUCACCAGCACACCAGGCAGAUUGCGCCUAUUGUAUAAGCAUCUAUUGUUGUGUGAUGCCCUCGGUCCCCGUGGCUAAUGCAUCGGACACGGUCCCUGCAGGGGACGAUGAAUUGAUCAUCCUAGACCUUUAUACACAUACACCAUGAUGGCCUCAUAGCCUCGUUAAGCACGUGGGUCAAAGGUUUGUUCAUAUUAAACUGGUUUAUAUGUCCAUCUAAACAAAGUCCUCAAGCUCCUCUGAUCCUGGUUAUUUGUUCAAAAGUCUGUUUUGGAGGUUAAAGGAUCUAAUUGUUUAUCUGACAGGAAAUCAAUGUUUAAUCUGUUCUCUUAAUCCUUUCCAAGUCGAAAUCACCUGUUUUAGGCUGGAUCAUGUGGCGGUAGUUGAACUCAACAGGCAGGCCUUACACUUGAACAUGUUUGUUUCUUUUAUGGUUCUUUUUGGAAUCCAAGUCAUUAUGGAGAAAGAUUAGAAAGUGUCUAAAGAGUUUCACAAUAGAUGAAUAGUUGUAAUGGUCGAUAUCUUUUAUAACUCUAAACUUCUUUUUUUCUCU